GACGUCAAAAUGUCUGUGCGAGACGAGCAGCUUAUGGCUUAGCUUGAAAGCUAACUGCUUAGUUUUGUUUUUUGGUUUAGUUUCGCUUUUGUUUCGUUUGGCGGCCCGGACAUUGUAUUAGAUGGGGUUCAAUAGCUUACCAUGAAACUCCGGGUGCAGAAUGACAGGUGAGCCGGAGCUUCCACACAGCUGCUUAUGUGGCCCGGUAGCAUCUGGUAGCUGCUAAUGCUAACGGCGACUCGGAGUGAUUGCAGAAGAGCACUGAAACUGAGGGAGUCUCCUACUGUAAUGCAGCCGAAUUCAAGUGAGCGGGGUGCUCAUGCAGGAAAUGGUUUAUCCCUGACUCUGCAACCGGAGCUUCUCACCAGGACACCGGCCCCUGGUACUGUUGCUGCUGCAGCUGCUGCCAGCCCUGAGAGCAAUGAGGUGCGGGUACCCAUGAACAGUGGGUCUGGGGAGUCCAGUGGAGGUACGUCAUCCAGGAGGUCCAGAGUCAACUCCCACGGCCACUCCCAUUCACAUUCACAUGGACACAAUCGAGCGCAGCACCACUCCAAUUCAGAGCCUGAGCUUGACCCGCCUGACUCUGAUAUGGACUCAGGAGAACCCAGUACCUCCAUGUCUGAGCUCCGCUGUCUCUUUCGCUGGCUGCAAAAGAGUCUUCCUUUCCUCAUCAUACUGUGUGCUAAACUGAUCAUCCAACAUGCUCUUGGACUAGCAGUUGGGGUCGGCCUCUUCACAACUUUUUUAUAUGUGAAUAAAAACAUUCAAACUCAAGUCUUUCUUCAGGAUCGACACUCAAAGCUGCAGUGUGCGUGGCUGCUGUUCUUCCUGAUCUCUUCCACCCUCCUGCUUUACUACACCUUUCUCACUGAGACACUUUACCACUGCCUCGUCUUCCUCAGCCCGACUAUUGAGCCGCUGGGAUUCUGGGAGGUUUUAUGGGCAGUCGGCAUCACCAACUUCGUAAUAAAGUUCCUAUUUAUGGGGAUAAAGUGCCUUAUUCUGCUGCUGCCCUCUUCACUGGUGACCUACAGAGCUCAGGGGCGGUUGCUGAUGCAGACUGAGGAGCUUGGUCAGGUCCACCAGAGCAUUGCUCCUGUUUCACUGUGGUUCCGCUACCUGGUCACCUACCAGGAGGCUGACGGCACCCCUGGACUCACACUGGGGGUUUUGCUGGCUUUGCUCUACCUCAUACUGAAGCUUUUAGCAUUGUACGGACAGUGGACGUCUUUACUGAAAACUGUGAGGAUAUUUCUAAAUGGCGAGCAUACAGGCACAGCAGCCACUAGGAGUCAGUGCAGCGAGGCUGGAGACGUCUGCCCCAUCUGUCAGGGAGAGUACAGGGAGCCUCGGGCUCUGCUCUGUCAGCACAUAUUCUGUGACGAAUGCAUCGCUCUGUGGUUUAACCGGGAGAAGAGUUGCCCUCUCUGCCGCACUGUGAUCACAGAGAAGGUCUACAAAUGGAGGGAUGGAGCCACAUCUCCACACCUGCAGAUUUAUUGAGUAAUAAGGCACGGGUGGGGAAUUUUGGGUUGGGGAUGUUGAUAUUAGCUUGUAUUUAAUGUGAUUUCUUUUUUUUCUGGCUGUCAAACUCCACUGACAAGUAAUGUUGUACACACUGUUGAUUUAUUGGCAAAGGGCUGUGCCCCCUGAGGGCUGAGGUCAGUAAGGACCCACAACGACCAGUAUGUCCCUACUAGUCACGCUUAUAGACAACUGAAAGUUGAUUGUUUUUUCAUGCCCUCAAGUGUUUUUUUACUUUUCUAUUUUCAGUUGUUUCCUCUUGUGUUGUGUUGCUUUGUUCACCUUUGAUCUUGUCUAUAGGACAAAUAUAAAUUUUCCUCAUGGGGCUGCAAGUUGUUCAACUAUAAAUAUGGGAGGGGAGAGAAAUAUAUAUAAAUGAGUAUUUUAAACCGUUUUCCUUUUAUCACAAGAUUGAAAAACAUACAACACACAAAUCCUUUCUUAUCCAGUGUUUCUAAAUGUUUGGAAGCGAUUUUUCUGAUUUGUAUCAAUAAAUUGUGUAGAGGUUAGCAGCCACAUACAAACCUCUAAUCGAAAGUGCUUGCCGAAAUUCUGUUUUAGAUGCAUCUUUCAACUUGAAAGGGUUCAAAUAAAUGUGAGAUUGGAGGGCUGACAACUAGCAUACUGCAAAAGGAAGCCAUAAUAAUGACCACACCUUUCCCAGCCUGCAUCCAGGCACUGAGGAUGGACACGGCAGGCUCAAUACAGUUUGCCUUUUGCUUUCAGUGACUAUUUUUUAAUGGCUGAUUCAAAAAAAAAAAAAAAAAAAAAAAAAAAGGAUGUAACUGAGCUUGUGAGAUUGAUUUACACAUAAAUUAUUUUUCUAUAGAGGCAAUGUAGCCUCGUUUUGUAAAAAAAAAAACCAAAGACUGGGAGAAGCAUCUAUUUUAUUAUGUAUGAAAUUCAUUUCACUGUUAUUUUUCCCAUUUAGAUCCAUAAACUAUCCGAAUAAACAUCUACAUUUGAAUGACAUUUGUGA